CAGAACACGUCACGAGCAGCUUGCACUCUUCACAAGAACACGCUGUGCACUGUCGAAUUAAAAAAAUGACCGAACGCAGUGCAAAAUUGAACAUUCUCAAGUUUGUGAAAAUUGUGUCGUUUAGCUUGUUAUUAGUUAUAUUAGCCUUUUUCGUUGCAGCCACUGUAAGGACACUAACGUUUGAUGUGAAUGCAGGACUUCAACUUGCACACUGGGAGAAGACGAACAAUAUUGCGUCUGACAUAAACCAGCACCAGAGAGAGGAGCUUCUAUCGAAUUUCAGAGACGCAAUCCGGAUUCCCACCGUGUCAACCACGGAGACGCAGCUCAACACCACCGCUUUGCGCGAGUUCGACGGCCUCUUGAGGAAAGCUUUCCCGACAGUGUUUUCUUCCCACCUGGUCCAGCAUGAGGUUGUGGCCAACUACAGCCACCUGUUCUGGGUGCCGGGCUCUGACCUGGCCCUCGUCCCCUACAUGCUGCUGGCCCACAUAGAUGUGGUGCCUGCUGAGGAGAGAGACGGAUGGGAGGCCCCACCAUUCUCUGCAAAGGAGAUAGAUGGAUUUAUCUACGGGAGAGGGACAAUCGAUAACAAGCAGUCUGUCAUGGGAAUUCUCCAGGCGCUGGAGUACCUGUUGAUAAGAGGUUAUUCACCGCGAAGGGGAUUCUUCAUUGGUUUGGGUCAUGAUGAGGAGGUGAGUGGCUUCCAGGGGGCAAUGAACAUAGUGAGGGUGCUGAAGAAGAAAGGGGUACAGCUGGCGUUUGUACUGGAUGAGGGUCUGGCUGUGCUGGAUGGAGUCAUCAGUGGUUUGCAGGGGCCUGCUGCUCUGAUUGGGAUCAGUGAGAAGGGGCUAGCUACGGUGAAGCUGAGCGUUUCCAAGGCCCCGGGUCACUCCUCCAUGCCUCCCAGUGAGAGCAGCAUAGGCAUCCUGGCAGGAGCAGUCAAAAGAUUGGAGGAUAACCCAAUGCCUAGGUUGUUUGGUGAAGGCCCUGAACGUGGGACCUUUGAACACCUGGCUCACAAGUUUAGGCUCCCACUCAAAUUUGUCAUGUCGAAUAUGUGGCUGUUCUCCCAACUCCUUGGAAGAGUAAUGGAAAGAAGACCUGAUACAAAUGCUUUUGUGAGAACCACAACUGCAAUCACUAUGUUCAACUCAGGAGUUAAGGUUAACAUUCUUCCUUCCCAAGCUGAGGCCUAUGUGAAUCUGCGGAUACAUUCCGCACAGUCACUACAAGAGGUUUUGGAGUUGAUCCAGUCCACAGUGGGAGAUGAGAGGGUUAAGAUGGAGCUUGUAGAUGGCUUUGACCCGUUGCCUGUCAGCUCCUACGAUGAAACAUCCUUUGGGUUCCAGAUCAUCAAGAAGACUGUGCUGGACCAGUUCCCACAAGUCACUGUUGCCCCUGGUAUCUGCAUCGGAAACACAGACAGCCGUCACUACACUGACCUGGCCAAGGACAUCUAUCGCUUUGCUCCUACAUGGUUCAGACCAGGGGACGCCCAGAGUCCCAGCUUUGAUGCACCUGUACUGACCUCUCCUUCUGGAUGAUAGCGGGAUGAACAGGCUGUUGCUCGGGUGGUUGAUGUCCUUGAUGAUCUUUUUGGCUUUCCUGUGACAUCGGGUGCUGUAGGUGUCCUGGAGGGCAGGUAGUUUGCCCUCUGUGAUGUGUUGGGCAGACCGCACCACCCUCUGGAGAGCCCUGCAGUUGUGGGUGGUGCAGUUGCCGUACCCGGCGGUGAUAUAGCCUGACGGGAUGCUCUCAAUUGUGCAUCUGUAAACGUUUUAGGGGCCAAGCCAAAUUUCUUCAGCUUCCUGAGGUUGAAGAGUCACUGUUGCGCCUUAUUCACCACACUGUCUGUGUGGGUGGAUCAUUUCAGUUUGUCAGUGACGUGUAAGCCGAGGAACUUCCCCACUGCGGUCCCAUCUGUGGAUAGGGGCGUGCUCCCCCUGCUGUACCCUGAAUCCCGCAAUCGGCUUGUUUUGUUGAAGUUGAAGUUAUUAUCCUGGCACCACUCUCCCAGGGCCCUCACCUCCCUGUGGGCUGUCUCAGCAUUGUUGGUAAUCAGGCCUACUAGUGUUGUUUCGUCUGCAAACUUGAUGAUUGAGUUGGAGGCGUGAGUGGCUAUGCAGUCACGGGUGAACAGAGACUACAGGAGUGGGCUGAGCAAGCACCCUUGUUGGGGCCCUUGUGUUGAGGAUCAGCAUAGUAGAGGUGUUGUUUCCUACCUUCACCAUCUGGGGGGCAGCCCGACAGGAAGUCCAGGACCCAGUUGCACCGGGCGGGGUUCAGACCCAGGGCCUCGAGCUUAAUGAUGAGCGUGGAGUGUAGUAUGGUGUUGAAUGCUGAGCUCUAGUCAAUGAACAGCAUUCUUACAUAGGUAUUACUCUUGUCCAGAUGAGAUAAGGCAGUGUGAUGGCGAUUUCCAUCGCCUGUGGAACUAAUGUGGCGUUAAGCAAAUUGAAGUGAGUCUAGGGUGUAAGGGAGAUGUGAUAUGAUCCUUAACUAACCUCUCAAAGCACUUCAUGAUGACAGAAGUGAUUGCUAUGGCACAAUAGUCAUUUAGUUCAAUUACCUUUUUACUUUCUUGGGUACAGGAACAAUGGUGGACAUCUUGAAGCAACUGGGGACAGCAGACGGAUAGGGAGAGAUUGAAUAUGUCUGUAAACACUCCAGCCAGCUGGUCUGCGCAUCCUCUGAGGAUGCUGUUAGGGAUGCCGUUUUGCUCUGCAUCCUUGCGAGGGUUAACACGCAUAAAUGUCUUAUUCAUUUCUACCACGGAGAAGGAGAGCACACAGUCCUUGGUAGCGGGCCGCGUCGGUGGCACUGUGUUGUCCUCAAAGCGGGGGAAGAAGGUGUUUAGUUUGUCCAGAAGCAAGGUUUUGAAUGUAGUCAUAACGAUCUAGUCAUAGGAUUGUUUGAACACAAGGCCCUGUUCUUUUGUUGAUCAUGAGACUAAUACUCCAGUCUUGUGAUCUAGCCAUGCGCCACGGUUGAACCAUAAAAUGUAAGUCAGCCCUAUACACACAGUGUGCCGACAAGGGGGGGUUAAACAAUGCUCUGUACUGCAUUCGACAAACGAGAACACCUCAACUUAAUGUAGUUUGGCAACUAUCUUUCUAUCUUUUCCCUCUGCAUUUUCAGGUUCCAUGGUAUUAACGAGAGGAUUUCUAAGAAGAACUACGAGGAACUGGUGGUCUUUUACUUCAAUCUAAUCCAGAACUGUGACAUCAA